UCUAACAACUCUGUUCAAUGCAUUAUUUCACAUCAGUAUUAAACGAGUGCUCUUACCAAUCACACGUCUUAUUAUUCCCGUCUGUAACCGGAUACAUUACAGUGGCGCAGUUGGUUAUUAUAACGAACCGACAUAGCGAAUUUUAUUAAAAACAGUUCACGGCGAACGUUAAGGUGAAAUUCGGCUAUAAGUAAUCGGUCAAACAGUGGUACACGGCGUACAAAGUUUUUUUUUCGAUUUUUUUUUCUGUCUAAAAAAAAAGCAAAGACAAUACGGUGUAGAAUUCGUGGAAGUGAGCGAACAUCCAUUGAGUUAUUGUUUGGUUGUGUUGUAUGAAACAGAACAACGAUAACAUAACAAAGAAGCAUCGUGUCAUCAGUUGUCGAACACGGCGUUCGAUUUUUUUCAUCGAUAACUGGCGGCUGAAAGAAAGGAAGACAUUUCCAGAUCCACGGCGGACGAAUUUUUUUUUGCAGCCGUUGUCAGUAAAUCGACGUACAAGGUGUACACAUCACCAUUCGUUGUACACGGAGUACAAGCAUUUGGUCGAAAUAAGUUUGAGAAAAGAAAAAUUAUUGGAAUCGAAGGACACUUGGAAGACACGACAAGGUCAUUCGUUUGCGAGCGUAAGCAUUCAACAUGCCGAACAAUGGAACAUUCACCCCAUUACCGCAAAAGUUCGAUUCAGACAAGAAUUGGGAAACGUAUGCAGCACAGUUGGAUCAAUAUUUUUUGGCAUACGAAGUCACGGAUGAUAACCGGAAGCGAGCAAUGUUGUUAUCGACGUUGUCAUUGGAUGUAUUUGACACAUUAACAGAUUUGUGUUUUCCGGACAAGCCGCAGGCGAAAACAUACAAGGAAAUUUGUGGCAUUAUGAAAAAUCGUUUUACACCGACCAGAUCCAUUUUUCAUGAUCGGCGGACAUUUUUUGAUGUAAAGCAGAAGCAAGACGAGACAGUCAUAGAAUUCGCCACAAGGUUGAAGCAGAGUAUCCGGUACUGUAAAUUCGAAGGUUGUUACAAGAUGGUGCUUCGCGACAAAUUCGUGGUUGGUCUACUGGAAGGCCCAGUACGCAGCAAAGUUUUCGAAAUGGAUCCGACAGCUACAUUCGAAGCAUGUGUUGAGACAGCGAUCAAGAAGGAGUCAAUCAAUACGAAGGGCACUGAAGAUCAGUCGGAUUAAAUUAAUUAAAGUUUUUGCAAUCCAAUAAUUAACUUCAAAAUUUUCCUUUUGAUUUUUGCUACAAUUUUUUUGAGUUUUUUUUAGUUUGGAAAGUUUUCUUUUGGAUUAAUUUUUUUUGUUAAGGAGGGAGUAUUGUAGGAUAUCUAACAACUCUGUUCAAUGCAUUAUUUCACAUCAGUAUUAAACGAGUGCUCUUACCAAUCACACGUCUUAUUAUUCCCGUCU